AUGGACCCGGACGGAUUUCCCGUCAAUGUGAUAUUUGGCCAAGAAAGACGCCAGGAUGCCCCAACAGUUCCUACCAACAAGUUGAAGGCCAACUUCCCAAUCGAGAAGCAGAGGCUUCGCCAGUUCAACCGCUUCGAACCUGGCCCCGCGGCUGUGCACAAAUUGGGUCACUUUGGCUACUCCACGACACGUUUCGAGGAGCUUCUCUCAUUCUACACCACCCAUUUCAACAUCGUUCCGACAGACCUGCUUUACAUGGAGAUCGAGGGCCAUAAAGUGAAUGUGACCACAUUUAUGCAUCUGGACCUGGGUCAAGGCCAUACGGACCAUCACUCGUUCUUCAUCGGCGCCAGUCAAACUUCGUCUCAUGUUCAUCAUUGCUCAUUUGAGGUCUUUGACUAUGAUACUCAGCACCUAGGACAUCAAUGGCUUGCUAGAAAGGGCUACAAAUCCGUCUGGGGCGUGGGCCGGCAUAUUCUGGGGUCCCAAAUCUUUGACUAUUGGUGGGACCCGGCUGGAAACAUGGUUGAGCACUACGCUGAUGGUGACCUGGUCAAUGAGGACACUCCAGUUGGCAUUUUGCCGGCGGGUCAUGAGUCCUUGGCGAUCUGGGGUCCUGAGGUUCCAUUGGCUUUCCUGCAGUAG